AGCAUGCGUUACUUGCCAUCGCUGCAGCUCCAUAUAUACAAGGAAAUCAAUCGAGCAUAUCGCCUGCAAGCAGUAGCAACCGAGAGAGAUGUCCAUGGCCGCCGCCGCAGCAGCGAUCACGGCGGUGCUCCUGGCCGCGUUAAUGGCACGAGCGUCGGCGGCGGCGGCAGGAAGAGUCUGGGCCGACGAGGAGAAGGGAGCACAUAACGGCACGGCGAGAAGACAGGUCACGUACGACGGCAGAAGCCUGAUGCUGGACGGCGCCAGGAGGAUGCUCUUCUCCGGCGAUAUACACUACCCAAGAAGCACACCUGAGAUGUGGCCAAGACUCAUAGAGAGCGCCAGGGAAGGUGGCCUGGAUGUCAUACAGACAUACGUCUUCUGGAAUGUCCAUGAGCCUAUCCAAGGUCAGUACAACUUCGAAGGAAGAUACGAUCUUGUGAAGUUCAUCAGAGAAAUCCAUGCUCAAGGCCUCUAUGUGAGCCUCCGGGUCGGCCCAUUCAUCGAGGCAGAAUGGAAAUACGGAGGCUUGCCAUUUUGGUUGCGCGGUGUCCCAAACAUUACCUUCAGAUGCGACAAUGAACCCUACAAGGUACAUAUGCAAAAGUUUGUUGCUAAAAUAGUUAACAUGAUGAAGGAUGAAAAAUUAUACUAUCCACAAGGAGGUCCCAUAAUCAUAUCACAGAUCGAGAACGAAUAUAAGCUAGUCGAGGGAGCAUUUCAUUCAAGGGGACCACCUUAUGUUCGCUGGGCAGCAGCAAUGGCUGUAAACCUUCAGACCGGCGUUCCAUGGAUGAUGUGCAAACAAGACGAUGCUCCAGAUCCCAUCAUUAAUACCUGCAACGGGCUCAUCUGCGGGGAAACAUUUAUUGGGCCAAAUAAGCCAAACAAGCCAGCUUUAUGGACCGAAAAUUGGACAUCUCGCUAUCCUUUAUAUGGUCAUGACCCAAGAUACAGAUCACCAGCAGAUAUUGCCUUUGCAGUUGCACUUUUUAUAGCAAGAAAAAAAGGAAGCUUUGUAAGCUACUACAUGUAUCAUGGCGGGACAAACUUCGGGAGGUUUGCAUCCUCCUAUGUAACAACAAGCUACUAUGAUGGAGCUCCACUUGACGAAUAUGGUUUAAUAUGGCAAUCAACAUGGUCUCAUCUGAGAGAAUUGCAUGCUGCAGUAAAGCAAUCUGAAGAACCACUACUUUCAGGAUCAUAUUCUACUUACUCAUUUGGUGAGCAACAAGAGGGACAUGUUUUUGAAACUGAGUCCAACUGUGUGGCUUUCCUAGUGAACUUGGACAAGCAUAAAACAUCAAAUAUCCAAUUUGGUGAAGCAUCAUUCCAGCUAGCUCCUAAAUCAAUAAGUAUCCUCUCAAGUUGCAGGAGGGUAGUAUUUGAAACAGCCAAGGUGAGCCAACUACCCUCAGUUCUUCAGCCAUUGCAGACCUGCAGGGAGUGCUUCAUUUAUCAGUUUUACUUUGGGCAGGUAAAUGCACAGCAUGGUUUAAGAACAGCACAAGUUGUCCAGUCUCUGAACAAUGUUGAUAGCUGGAAAAUAUUCAAAGAACCGAUUCCUCUGGCAAUAAACAACACCACACACAUUGGACAUCGAUUUUUUGAACAUCUCUCAACUACAAAAGAUGAGACAGAUUAUCUCUGGUACCUUACUAGAUAUGAUUAUAGAUCAAAUGGGGAUACCCAGCUAGUGCUUAAUGUGGAGUCACAAGCACAUGUUUUACAUGCUUACAUCAACAAUGAUUAUGUAGGUAGUGUGCAUGGGAGUCAUGAUGGACCUAGAAAUAUCAUUCUCAAGACACCUAUUACGCUAAGGAAAGGACAAAACUCCAUAUCACUGCUAAGUGUCAUGGUUGGAUCACCGGACUCUGGAGCGUACAUGGAGCGAAGAAUUUUUGGAGUUCGUAAAGUGAGCAUACAACAGGGAGAUCACAAAUCACAUUCUCUGAAUAAUGAGCUGUGGAAACACCAAAUUGGCUUAUCUGGAGAAAUGAAUAAUAUAUACACACCGGAAGGAUCAUCUCGUGCGCAAUGGACUGCCAUCAAUAAGUCCAUGCACCUUCCACUUAUCUGGUACAAGACGACAUUUGACACACCAUGGGGGAAUGACCCAGUCACGCUGAACCUCAGCAGUAUGGGGAAGGGUGAGGUGUGGAUCAAUGGAGAGAGCAUCGGACGGUAUUGGGCCUCCUUCAAAACCCCUAGCGGACAACCAUCCCAGUCCUUGUACCACGUACCACAAUACUUUCUGAAGCCUAGAGAGAACACCCUCGUCCUCAUGGAGGAAAUGGGUGGUGAUCCGCUACAGAUAAGCGUGAACACAAUGUCGGUUACCCGAGUAUACAGUAGUGUGAAUGAGUUAUCCACCCCAUCACUCUUGUCACGCAGAAAGCACCCAGCAGUUCGGCUCCGGUGUCAGCAAGGCAAACGCAUCACGGAUAUUGAGUUUGCGAGCUACGGAAAUCCGGCUGAGGACUGCAGAAGCUCUAGCAGGAGCUGCCUCGGGAGUUGCCACGCAGAGACAACGGAGUUUGUCGUAAAGGAUGCUUGCCUAGGCAGAAGGAAGUGCGCGAUUCCGGUACGGCCUGCCAAGUUCGGAGGCGACCCGUGCCCUGGGAUCGAAAAAUCACUUUCAGUUGUGGCAAGCUGCGGAUGAGUAGGAUGGGAAUUGCUACUAUCAUGGCGUGAUUAACCAACACUCAGUUUGCACAAAUUUGUUGUCACAGGGUCCAAACACUGUACUAAAUCUGAACUACAGAUAGAGCAGUACUGUAUCCACAUGUUAAAAUGUACAGGAGAAGUGGAGUUACACGCACCAAUUUCACUGCAGAAA